AACAGGUUGAACCUAUUUUUGAAUUAAACUGAAUGAUUUUAAUUGUUUUCCUAAAAUAAAUCCGUAUACAAUGAAAUGAUAUAAAGUCUAACCAGUGACGUAUACAGUUUUUGUUAAUUUAUCUCGAAUCUUAAAAAUCUGCUUGGGUUUUCCGCGUUGGUUGUGCUGUAUAACCGCACACCAUUAUUUCCCACUCAGCUCUCAAAUGUGAAACGGAAGUAUCUACAUCCAAGGUCAAAAUGAAUUUUAUCUAAGCACUAAUGUUUAAAAGUUAUUUAUAGAUUGAAAAAAAGAGGAAAUUCGUCACUAUAUUUGGCGGAUGGAAAAAUGAUUGGAAAACGUACGUAGGAUAUCCAGAACUGCUGAAUAUAAAGUUCCUGAUCUUUCACAGUGUCUUCAUUUAAACAGAAUCUGGUUGAACUCUCAACAUAACAGUGUAACAAGCCACGAUGAUGACGACAGGCUACUUCGAUACCUCCCAGUCUGUGUAUUAUAACACCCCGAUACCAACGAGCAUCGCCAUGGUAACAUCUGGGAAUGAUAUUCGUCGUUUUGAAGAUCAAAAUGUCAUGACAGCAGUCCAGAGACCAAGGACAAAACGAAUGACCGUGGUAGCCAUUAUCUCCAUGAUUUUUAAUCUACUGAUGGCCUCUGCAAUCACAUGGUCCGUCAGUUCUUAUCUUAAUAAUAAGACCCGGAUAUUGGUGACAGACGACAAGUCGUCAGGUGCUGUCAGUUUACUGACGUCACGCCAGUGUGAUGUACCCUUGUCGUCUGCUUUGUGUACGGCGUGUGUGGAAGAGGAUUCGGAACUGCUUUGGAGCGGGAAGGCUGUGAAAGUCCGAACCGGAAACAAAGAGAUGUGCUGCCGGAAAGUUGACCAAUCUCUCAUCGCAUUGUCCAAAGAGAUGAGAGACGUCCUUGUGCGUAAAAGAAGUCCUAAUGGUCGUAUUCUACAAGACUACUUCGAAAUCAAUGCAACAAACCAUUGUGAUACUGGGAGAUUGCACUUGGUUAAACAAAGCCAAGGUUAUCAAACAAAAGUUGAAGUCCAAGAAACUGGGACCUACAAGUUAUUUGUUUCCAUAACAACCAUCGUUAACGACACGUUGUGCAGACAAAGCACAGACAACUACAUCCGGGUGGUUUUAGAACAUCCAAAUGGAGGCUCUGUCAUUCUGAUGGAGAAAGAAUGGGGUUGUCCCAAGGAUUUACUGCUGGGUGAGGACCGAGUACAGCCCAUAGAACUUGGGGACACGUUUAAAUUGACGAAGGGUAGUAACGUGUUUCUACAGGUCAAGGACCGGUGCCAAAUCUACGCGUUCCGCACGAGCAAUCAAUUUGGAUACAUGAAAAUGUGACCAAUUUUGUGAGAGAAAUGGAUGUGAUAUUUUUGAUAUAGGGCAUUAAACAUUCUGUGGUUGUUUAUAUUUAUCUAUUUAUUGACUCUGUUUGUGUUGAAUCUCGUGCGUCUGUACAUAUCUCUGAAGCAAGCAGCAGCUGGAAAAUAAAUUAUUAUAUAAUACUUUGUCCUUCUCUUUGUCCAUUCUUGUUUCGUCGACAAGAGUUCUUUACCAAUGUUUUAAUGUCAUGCUCAUAUGUGAUCUGGUGUGGUGUAUACAGGCACGUACAUUAAUCUAAAAGAACUAGUUGAUAUGAUUAAAAAAAAGUUUAUAUAAAAGUUAGAUAAAUAGCAUUCUUUAACAAAAACUGAGAAAAAUGUUUGGUUUCAACAAAAACGUUUGUCAAGAUGUAAAAAAACAAAAUGAUCAGAACAAA